UGGGUUUUAAUGGUAUUUCGUCAUUAAUCAAAAAGAAAAGUAAAUUACAUGAGUAUCCAUUACACUUACUAUUUUACAAGAAAACUUUCUAGACGGAGUACAGCAUUUAAAAGUACUACCAGUGUUACGUGAAGUAAAAGAAGUUCUUGUGUUCAAUAAUGAAAAUUUUACCAUUCUUACUAACGAUAAGUGUCACUUCGUGUAUGAGUUACAACAAAUUGUUAAAAAAAGCUGCUUCUGUUUGCGAUUCAGUCUUUUAUCAUGAGUACGUUACGUCAGUGGUAUGGAUGCGCACCGAGCCUGAAGAUAUUACUCUAUUCCUCCAACAUUUUCACGGUUCUGCGGUAAUAGUUCCUUUAGACUAUCAGAACAUGAAAGCAGUGAGCGAACUAAAUAAAGCCACGGGAUUUAAACAAACAGUUCUCUUCGCUGUAUCCGUUGAAGAAUUCAUACUUUUCAUAACAACGUUAAAUUUGGAUCUCAUAGUACCAAUUCGUAUGGUUUUAGUAUUAACAACACAAUUAACGGAUCUGGCUAUGAUAACAAAGGAAGCUUGGAAACAUGAUUUAGCAGAAAUUAUUAUAAUAAGCAAAGAUGAAAAUGAAGAAAUCCGUCUCACUACUUACUUUCCGUACAAAAAUGGAAUUUGUGGUGAUUACACUCCACAUUCUAUUUCUAACGAAAAAGAGUUAUUUCCUGAAAAAUUCAAAAACUUGCAUGGUUGCCCAAUAAAAGUCACUUUACUUAAUUUUCUUCCGUAUGUUGGAUUGCAAAAAGUAAACGGAACUAUUACAUUCAUAUUUGGCAUAGAUGGAAGUGUAUUUAUUUUAUUAAUUAAAGAACUUAACGCCAUUAUGGAUAUCGUAUCGUCAACUGACCACGGAGGCAUGGGUGUCUUUGUCAACGGCUCUUGGAAGGGCUCCUUCGGUGACAUAGUUCGUCGAGAAGCAGAUAUAUUCGCGCCUGCUGGGAUUAUUACACAGAAAAGAUUUUCAGUGGCACAAAUGUCUCAUACUUAUGAAACACUUAAUAUUCAUUGGUGCGCACCACCCCGACGUGAAAUCUACGCAUGGGCAAAAGUAUUAUUACCAUUUCUGACUAACAUUACGCCUUUUCUUGUAUUAGCAUUUACCGUUUUCGUGAUUACCAUAGUUCUCGUCAAACGUUCUAAAUUACAUGGUAUAAAAUCUAACAAGAAUGUGUUCUUACAGUCUUUCAUGAUUUUUUUAGGCCAAGGUGUAAAAUUUGAAACGAAAUCGUCAGUUAUAAAUUCCUUUUUUGUUGCAUGGUUAUGGUUUUGUCUCAUAGUGCGUAUCGCGUAUCAAGGAGAUCUUGUUAAUGGCCUACAAAAGAAAAUUUACGAACCACCUUUCGAAUCGGUUGAGCAGGCGCUCCAAGAGUUGGACGGAUAUGGAGGAACCGAACUAUUUCGUGAAUAUUAUGCUGGCUCUCCGAUAGCAGAUAACUAUCAGGUAAUCAAAAUAGGAGACUUGCCACGGUACAUAAGGGAUGUAAUUGCCGGUAAGCGGUUUCUCAUCGCGACAGACAUAUUAAUGCAUCAAUACGCGAAGAAAUUUCAGAUACUUCAAGAGCCUUUGACGCAUUCUCCGACAUGCUUGUUCAUGCGACCCGGCUGGCCAGUUUCUAGAAGAGUAGAUGUCAUAAUUAUACGAGCUAUUGAAGCAGGGCUUGUGCAAAAGAUUAUUUAUGAUUUCCACUACACAGUUCGAUUACGAAGACACGAAAAAGAAGAAGAGACAGGGACUAGGCCAUUAGGAAUGUCAACAAUGUUCGCAUGCUAUUACGGUCUCAUACUGCUUUGGAUAUUUUCUUUCGUAAUAUUUUUAUUUGAAGUUUUAUAUUACAAUUGGAAGCACAAAAUAGCGUAUAUUAAAAGGAAACGAAAUAAGCUUUUCAAAUUUCAUCACUGAUUUCUGUCGGUCAUAGGAGCAAUUUUACAAGCCUACUGUAAUAAUGUAGCGUUUUUAAAUGUACCUUUUGGUUUUAAGCAUUUGUAAAAUGUCACGGAAUAUUAUCUAGAGCUGCAAGUAACAAAAAUUAUCUGUGGUUAUUAGUCUCUUAUUAUUCUAUGAGUCACAAACUAAAUAAAAUGGAAAACGCACUGAAAACGCGUAUGUAAUAAAUAGAUAAAAGAUUUCAAGUGGGUCACGAUUCCGAUCUUGUGGUAGAUUCUGCGAAGCACUGCUUUUGCUAGGCCUAGUGUUAGAAAAUUCACUCAAGUUGAGCUCAUAAGCUCACCUACUCGUCUGCGAUGUAACGUAUAUGCGACCUAAUGUCGAUUCUCAUAACAUUAAUCUUUGCUGACCACUCUACGAAACAUACUCUAUGACUCCCCCGCCAUAUUGUCUACGACGUACGUGUUACACGCAUGGAGUUAAUAAGUACCAUAGAGUUACUAUUCUAACUGGAGUGCUUACUUCGUUUGACAUAAAAACUAAAAAUAUACUUUAUCUCUAUGGCUUAAAGUUUAUUUUUAAAUAGCAAAAGAUGUAAGGAAAAACGGUCUGAAAAGAGAAUGAUUAUUAAGUGGUGGUGUCCCUCUCGCACAUUUUACAAACAAAAAGCAGUGUUGCUAGCUUAGAGGAUUUUCCAUAAAAUCUCGGAAUUUGGACCCCGUCUUCGUUAUCAAAAAUGGCUUUUAGUGGUUAGUGGAUUUUUUAGUAGCUUGGGUGUUGUUGAAAAUUAUCGAAAAGUUUAAAAUCAAUCCACUUUACAGGAUUUUAAACAUUUUAUGACAAUAAUAUAUCUAAAUACAUAUUAUUUAAACGAAGUGACUUAAACUUAACUAGAAAAUGUUGCGAGAAUUUAGAAUUUCCAUCAACGUCAAAAAUUAAAUUGGUUCAAAAUAAACGUACAAAGUUAUGGUGAAAUUAGUUUCUGAUGAUGACAAUUUAUUAAAAUAAAUUAUAUAAGAAGUAUUGAUUAUAUGAUAUAUAUUGAUUUUUAAUAGAACAUCAUAUAUUAAUAAAGCUUAUUAACAAAAAAAUUAUUGUUCUAUGUUAAUAAGAACUCUGUUUAAUGGAAAAUUUAAUGGUAGGUACGUAGAUUUCUGAUGGUUUUCAUGUUGAAUUUGGUGGGAAGCCAGAUUAAUUGUUGGCAUCACCGAAAAAGAGCUAUGAAUGGAUUAAAAGAAAAAUGGCGUCUAUUUACGUUUGUAGUGCGAAGUUAAAAUGGCACUGAUACAGCUUGUGGCUUGUUUUUUUUUCGAAAAUCGUGAAAGUUUCCGUGUAAUCAUGGUGAACACUUUUAAUGUAAGUGGUUUUAAGCGAGAAUCGUCUCCAGUUUGUGGAAUAUCCUUCCAUAUGUCAGAUUCAUUGAUAAAUUUUUACUAGUGUGAGCAUAUAUUUUUAAAAUGUGAGAUAUUUUUUCUCAUUAUAAUAUUUAAUACCAUUUGUCUUGUAAAUUGUACUUAAUCUAUGUCAUAUACUAAAUUUGAAAAAACAAUCGUGAAAACUAUAAUUUUGCAAUGUAUUUUUCAUUUUAUAAGAGCCAUCACGUGGUAUUUUUUGAACUUUUUUUAUUGUAUUGAAUAGCGUCGCACGGAAGCAUGUAUAUCAUUUGCCUGACGUUAAGCGAACGAGUAGGAUCUUCUAGUAAAUAUGACGUUGGAAUUUCUGGAAAAUGUCCUAUAUAAAGGUCAAACAAGAAGAAUCAAGUACUCAAACGCAAGAAAUAAAAAAUACCCCGAGAAAAGCAAAAUUACGACAAGAUGUUAAGGUAUUGAAACAAAAACUUAAAAGUCGCGAAAUAGUGAUUGUAAAUAUAAAGUCGAUUUUAGAUUUAUUAAAGAAAAAUGGCGAUUUUUAAUUGAAUUGAAAUUUAAAUUGCGAAAUUUUAAUGAUACUCAUGGUCCACUUAGAUAUUGAUUAAAAUAAAUUAUGUAUUUCGUUGAAAAAAAAGAAUUUACUUAAAAUAGAGGAAAUGUUAUAUUAUAAGACUACAGAAAAUUAACUGAACUUAAUAAUAAUAAUAUGUAUAACCAAUAUUUUGUAAAUAGAGAUCAAGUACUAUGUGUAUCGUGUUAUGUGUAUUGACUUGUCAUUUAAGAGUUAUUUAAUUGUCUACAUAUAACAAAUAAAUGAAUUUCAGUUCAUUUCAUUUUAUUA